AUGUAUACUUUUGUUGCCUACUAUGGUUUACCAACUACAUUCAUUGCUAUCAUUUAUAUCUAUGUUUACUAUAGAGUUAAACGAAGUACUGUUCAAGCUUUCGAAAGAAGUGGAAUGCAACGACAACAAAAUCGAGAUUUAAAAAUAUUUCGUAAUUUAAUAAUUCUAUUCGGAAUUUAUCUAUCAGGUGGUGCGCCAACAGCAAUCUUUAUUUUUACGCAUAUCGAAAUAUUUUAUUCAAUAGGUAUUGUCUUCAUAUCUUUGACAGUGGUUGUUGAAAAAUCAGCAACUUUUUAUGUUGAUCGAGAACUUCUUCAUGUAUUCAAAAGACGUAUUCGUCAAACAACUACACGUGUUAUACCGACAAUAACCUAA